GCCUGAAAACGAAGCGAAACCGAACCGCUCCGACUUAGAAGUUACUAGAGCUAACCGGCAAGUUCCCGUAAUAUAGACCUUCCGCACAGGCAGAGGAAAUCCGCGUGGGUCUGAAUGCUCAGGAGAUAAUCAGUACACAGAGUAAUGCCAGUAUUUACAACGUACACAAAGGGUAGGGAUAGUUUUAGCAGACGAUUUGUGUUGUGAAGAAGACAAGGACUUCCUCGUUGUGUUGUUGUUUCUAACGUUACCUCUCAAACCGAGCAGCCGAUAACAGCUAAAAAAAAAAAAAAGCAAUGCCUCAGAAAAAGAGAUCACGGUCCUGGAUGGAGCUGAAACAAAGUGGAAAUGAGUGCUUCAUGAAGGGCCAGUAUGGAGAGGCCACCAGUGUUUACAGCCAGGCCAUCACCAUGCUGGAGAAGUCCAAUAAAAAGAACCCAGAGGACCUGGCCAUUUUGUACUCAAACCGUGCAGCCAGCUACCUGAAGGACGGCAACUGUGGGGAGUGUGUGAAAGAUUGCAAUAAGGCUCUGGAGUUACAUCCGUUCAACGUGAAGUCUCUGCUUCGUCGUGGUGCUGCCUUUGAAGCUCUGGAGCGAUACAGGCAGGCUUAUGUCGACUACAAGACCGCUCUGCAGAUCGACUGCAACAUAGCAGCUGCUCAAGACGGCACCAACAGGAUGACAAAGGCACUAACAGAGGCAGACGGUCCCUCCUGGAGAGAAAAGCUUCCUCCUAUCCCCACAGUUCCUCUGUCUGUCAGAGAGAAACUGACCCAGCAAACUACAACCAACACAGCAAAACAAAACCCUGCACCACAGCAGAACGGCACCAGGGAAACAAAAAAGCCUGCUCCCAGUGAUAAAGACAUAAAGAAAGGCCAGGCUUUGAAAGAAGAAGGCAACGCUCUGGUGAAGAAAGGAGAGCAUAAGAAGGCCAUAGAGAAGUACAGCCAGAGCCUCAAACACAACCCCACCGAGGCCACAACCUAUACCAACCGGGCGCUGUGCUACCUGUCAGUGAAGCAGUACCGAGAUGCUGUCAGAGACUGCAGUGAGGCUUUGGUGAUUGACAGCAGCAAUGUGAAGGCUCUCUACAGGAGGGCUCAGGCUCACAAAGAGCUCAAGGACGUUAAAGCCUGUGUGAACGACCUGAACAGCCUGCUCCAAGUGGAACCAAAGAACACAGCUGCCCUGAAGCUGCUGCAGGAGGUGCAGAAGUAAAGACACGUGGGACUCUGGAGACAGCGGUAAGGAUCGGUCACUGGCCCGUGUACAGGAGCGAGAGCCGGGCCACAGAAAGCAGCUGAGCAGUGACGAGAUUCAGACGCUUCAAGUCAAAGGCUGAGCCUGUGUUUCCCAGAAGCUCGACACUGAGCUUGUGUUUGAUUCGUUUACUCCACUGGAACAAACGUGAGCUUGGUCUCGAGAUGCUUCUGGAAAACACUGCUCUGGCUGGUGGGUGGAGCUGAGGGUGUGUCGGGACGAAGACGCGCCACCAGUUUCAGCCUUAGAAUGUUUGUAAUUUAGCAGUUUUACUUUCACUGUCACUGAGUAUUUAUGAUUAUUUUUAAGAUUGAAUUUAUUGAUAUAAUUGUAAGAGUAAACCUUUAUCAUCAUCGUCAUCAUUCAGAAACUGAGUUCAUCAGGUAAUCAAGCAGCAUGUGCAGCUCCUGCCCGUUGCCACAGCUUCAGUUUGAACAUGAGCUUUUUCUGAGCUUUCAACCAGUUUUCUGACUUCAUCACUAGAUGGAACAUUCACAUUGAACACAAGACUAUCUGUGAACAGGUGGCCAUAUAUGACCACCUGUUACCACAAGUGACAAUUCACACUUAAGCCACAUGAGCCACUCCUGUCGUUGAUCAUCACUUUGUCCUAGAUCCACAGUACGUAUCUACUCUGUACAGAACAUACAAAUUAAUUCUCAGUGUACUGUUUAGUGGUUGACAGUGUGAUUAUAUUAACAGGAAGCGACACUUCUGACAUCACUCAAACUGCAACUUUGCACGUCAUUACCCAUUUAAGAUUUCAUUAUUCAGUAUAGACAGAUUACACUUCGUCUUGCCACUUGACCAGUGUGACUAUACUACAAACUAAAACCUGCUUAGAGUCGGUAUGUUUUUAUGGAUCUGGGACACAGCGCAUGAGAUGCUGUUGAAUGCUCCACAAAGCUAGAACAGAUGUGUCCACUUGACAUGAUCUCUGACACUCAGAUCUGUUGGUGUUUGGACACAAACUGCAAGUGGCUGAGCUCUAGCUUAAACCAUGGAUCAGCUCCCUGCCCAUAGUUCAGACAGACCGAGGCUGGGUUCCAGGGAGGAGGGAGCAAUACGGCUAAAAUAAUUCAGCAUGGCAUAUACAAUUUUAUGGUUAUUUUGAGAUCAGUAUAUACUGUGUUGGAGACAUCUCUGGAGAAUCUGUAGAUAUUGUCUCAGGGGAUAUUUACCACAGUGCAGUAAAAUCUGACAGUAUACACUGCUCACCCGCUUUAUUAGGUACACCUGUAGCACUUCAAUGCAACACCUCCACCUUAACAUCUGUGUUUAUGA